AUGGAGCAACCAAAAGACAAGAUCGAAAGAAAAAGAAACAGAAGAAGAAAAUCUUCAUUGUCGUCGUCGUCGUCGUCAAUAUCAUUACCUUCCUUACCUCUGGAUCUAACCUUAGACAUAUUCUUAAGGCUGCCAGUGAAAUCUGUUCUGAGGCUUGGUUGUGUUUCAAAGCUUUGGUCAUCACUCACCACCGAUCCAUAUCUCACCAACUCGUUGGAAACUCGACAAAAUCUUCUACUCUUCUUCCAAUCUGGAGCCAGGUUCUUUGUUUUCUCUCUUUAUCAACACAAUAGGAACCCAAACUCUUUUUAUUACUCCUCUUCUCAACCUAUCAGUGAUAGUUACCAAAUCACCUCUCCAAGUUAUUGUUCAUUCACCAUAAAAAACGAGUCAGUCCAUGGCUUGAUCUGCUUACAAUAUGCAGCAACUCCAAUAGUCUGGAACCCUAUUAAGAGAGAGUUUACACCUUUAACCAAACCUAACAAGAGCUGGACGAAUAUAACAGUCUUUUUAGGGUAUGAUCCUAUCGAAGGUAAACACAAAGUAGUGUGCAUGCCGUAUGAUUGGUAUGAAUCCGAUGAGUGUAGGGUUUUAACAUUAGGAUCAGCUCAAGAAUGGAGGACGGUCAAGACCAACUACAAGUACAAACCUUUCACUGGCAAUCGCACAGAAGGUUAUGGAAAUUGCACAUGCGUCAACGGUUUUCUAUAUUAUCGAGCCCUUACUGGUCCUGAUUGUGUCAUAAUGAGGUUCGAUGUAAGAUCUGAAACGUUUUAUGCAAUGACAUUACCAUGGGAGGAUAAGUAUUGGCCUGUGAUGAUGGUAUCUAAUCAAGGAAGGUUAGUAUGUCUUGGCUCCACUCAUGAUAGUGUUUCAUUGUGGGUUUUGAAGGAUGCACAACAACUCGAAUGGUCGAAUCACAUCUUGUUACCUCUUUCUCACUAUGGUCGGGGUUUGAAAAACAAGUUCAAACUAAUAGGUAUCACUGGUGAUGGUGAAUUGAUUUAUGUACCAAGGACGGCGCUCAAAUCUCAUCUUCAUAUCAUAUAUAUUAAUCCAAUGACAAAGACGUUUCGAAGAGUCGAGUACAAUGGGAUUGCAGAUAAUGAUUUUCGACAACGCUAUGGACUUGGAGAGAGACCUCUGCGUGGGAUCCAAUAUUUUCCCAAUCACAUUGAACCCUUCAUGUCUUAA